AAAAAAAAAAUCGCAAACCUCGGAGGAGAUUCCGAAGCUUUUUCCCUUUUGCCCUCAUUUUCUAUACCUAAAAUUGUUUUCACUAUUUUUCUAUUCUCUGUAUCAGUCACCAUCACUCCCUUCUAUAAAUUCACACCAUCUUUACCUAUCAAACUUCCCCUUCUCUUCCUUCUUCCUCUCUUCUUCCUCGAAGAAAAUCUACUGCGUCUAAGGAAUCUUGAUGCUUCUGAUUGAAAGUUUUUGACAUUCAUGUCUCAUGUUCUCAGUGAAGUUCUUCUUUCUGGAUUCAUCAUAAAUUCCUCUUUCAGACGCAGAACUCACCUAGUUCAAUCUUUCUCCGUUGUUUUUCUCUACUGGUUCUACGUUUUUUCAAUUCACCUCUUCAAUUCAUAUAUUAUCAUGUAAUCAUCUCAUUAGUACUAAUCAAUUAGUUAAUUUUUGAGAUUAGGGUUUUCGAGUUUUUGUUGUUGUUAUUGUUGUUGUAACGGUAAUAGUAAUAGAUAGCUCUUGAUUGAUGGCUUCUUCCGGCGUAAAUUCCGGAAAUUCUUCUGCAUCUAUGAAAUUUGGAAGUUCUGGAUCUGAGAAGGAUGUGAACAAUCUGAUGGAUGAGAGAAAAAACAAGAGGAAACAAUCGAAUCGGGAAUCGGCGAAGAGAUCUAGGAUGAGGAAGCAGAAACAUGUUGAUGAUAUGAUGAAUCAGGUAUCUGAGCUCACAAAAGACAAUAGUGAGAUUGUGAAUAAGAUAAAUAUCACAACACAGCACUAUUUGAAUGUUGAGGCUGAAAAUUCAAUUUUGAGGGCCCAAAUAGGUGAGCUUAGUCAAAGGUUUCAAUCAUUGAAUAACAUCAUUGAACUCAUCAACACAAACAACACUAGUAAUGGGUCCUAUGAUUCAAGGGAUUGUUAUGAAACAAGUGGUGCACAAAACAUGAUGAAUUUGAUGAUGUAUAAUAAUAACCUGCCCAUUACUACAACUUCUGCACAUGUUUUUAAGUGGUGAUGAGUGAUGAGUGAUGAUGAUGGGAAAAUAAAAUAAAAUAAAAAGGUGGAAUUGGAAUCAUUUUGGGUUGAGUGAAAGGGUAAUAAAUAAGAAAUAAUGAUGGUAGUAGUGUGUGAUUAGGGGAAGGUAAUGCUUGGUGAGAAAUGGUGAAAUACACUACUCAAUGAAAAUGACCAUGACUUAGUGGUUGGUACUAUGUCACUACUACUCACUAGUUCUACUUUGUCCAUUACCAUGAGGAGAUAUUUUGGUGAAUGUAAUCUAUAUAUUUCUCUAUGUUGUUAUUUUUUAUUAAGUCAUAUUGUCAACAAAAAAAAUUGCAUGUUAUUUUGCUUAGAUUAA